AAACUGAUACACUAUUCUUCAACCUCAUUUGGUUAUUACAUUUCAGUUUCACACACACAAAGGAAGAAAGAGUGAGAUUCAGUUGAGCAUAGCAACAUCAACAACAAUGAGUCUGAUUCAUUUGCUCCGAUCACAGACUCGCCGUCACUUAUCUUCUUUAUCAUCAUCAAACACUCCUUCAGUGUACCAGUGUUUUAGGUCCUCCACAUGCGGACAGCCGAUUAGUUCUAAUCCAUUAUUCAAAACACUGAACAAUGUGAAUCCAACAUUCAAGACUUCUUCCCGAAUUGCUUCCACUCAAAUAAGAUGGGCAUCUAAAGCCGCGGCAACAGAGGAAGACAAGAUUAGCAUUGGACCUACCAAUGGAAGAGGACAAUCUGAGGAAGAAGACAAGGAAACCGGAAUUUUCUACUAUGGCCCGAUCUCAAGUACCAUAAAAAAAGUAAAACUUCUGUCUCUCUCGACUUGCUGCCUCUCAGUAUCACUUGGCCCGGUCAUAACCUUUAUGACAUCCCCUGACAGUAAUGUCAUCCUAAAAGGUGCAGUCGCAUCAUCAGUGAUAUUCUUUAGUGCUUCUACAACCGCCAUCCUUCACUGGUUCGUCAGCCCAUAUGUUCACAAACUCAGGUGGCAACCCGGUUCGGACAGCUUCGAGGUGGAGAUGUUGUCAUGGCUGGCAACACAUAUUCCAAAGACUAUCAAGUUUUCGGAUAUUCGUCCACCAAACACCAAUAGGCCUUAUGUGACAUUUAAGGCUAAUGGAAAUUUCUAUUUUGUCGACGAAGAACACUGUCACAAUAAGGCACUUCUUGCUAGACUCACCCCACAAAAGGAAACUCAUGAUUCUGCUUUCAAGAACUUGUGAUUUGAAAAAUGCUGCUUGACAUAAGUAGAGUAAGCUUUAGCCAUGUGUAAAUGUGGUUGGACUCAGAAUUUUACUCUGUUUGAAAUUUUGUACCUUUUGUUCUGAGGAUAGCAUGAACUCUUUGGGUUUUAUAAUUAAUAAAAGUCUACGGUGUGGUUUUUUGUAACUUCAAUUAUGGGAGAUUUUUUUAGUCCAUCAAGAUUAUUAGUGAUUUGGUUUCUGUGGUACCCUUUUCUUUGACACAGCAAUGAUUAAUGUGUACUUAUUCAUUGUUCUUUGA